UCGUACAAGUGCUUGAAGUGCUUGAAAUAUAAUAUAUUUAUUUUAUUUGAAAGAUAUCCACUGAUUAUAAGUACUCGAUUUAAUAUUCCAUUCUUGCUGAAUAAAUGCGGACGUGGUCAUAAUGUUAAAGGUGAAGUUUAUGAAGUGGAUGAAGAAAUGUUGAAAAAAUUAGAUGAAUUACAAGAGUAUCCAGAAUAUUACGAUCGUGAAAUACAAGAAAUAAGAAUGGAAAAAAAGGAUGAGGUUGAGAAGUGCUGGUUAUAUUUAAUGAGAAACUGCCCGGACCACUUAUUGCAAAAACCAUUGCUCGUCGUUAUCAAGCUAAGUCGAUGAUAAAUUUUCGUUUCGGGUUGACAGUUUUCGUUAAUGAAAAUUGGGCUGACGUUGGACAAAACUGUUAGCAUAUUAAGUGAAGAAUCGGAAACUGUAGCCGCACCGGCUGAUGCUAAAAAUACUUCACACAUACGUGGCAGUCGCAUUAGUGAAAUGCAAUAUCGUAUCGUCGUAGUCGAUAACGUAUGACUGUUUGCGCGAUAUUGAAUGAACGAUGUAAUAUUUUAACUGCAAAGCAAACUAGGUAUCGAUCUUCAUCUUUAAAGGGAAAAUAAAGUAAAAUAUCGUUUCAAAAGCACAUAUUUAAUGAAAUUAAUAGACUUUGAAAGAUUACUUAUUCCUAGCACUUGCAAAA